AUGGGCCCCGCGCGCUGCCUGGCGCUGGCCGCCCUGGCCGCCCUGGCCGCGCCGCCCGAGGCCCGGCUGGUGCGCGACGCGGAGCGCGGCUUCGGCGAGUGCGGCGGCUUCUUCUUCGCCGGGGCCCCGCCCGCCGGGCUGGAGGCCGCCGCGCCCGCCCGGCUGUGCCAGCGCUCCGGGGGCGCCGCGCGCUUCGCCACCCUGUACUGCGCCCGGCGGCGCGCGCCCGUGUUCUCCGCCUUCCGCGCCCCGCGCCCCGCGCCCGCCGCGCCCGCGCCGCGCUGGCUGGUGGAGCCGCAGAUCGAUGACCCCAGCAGCGACCUGGACGAGGCGGCCGAGGAGGAGGUGGCGGCCGCCGCCGUGGACACCCUGGGCAGCCGGCAGGCCUUGGCCGCGGACUACCUGGACUCCGGCUACCAGCAAGGACAGCUGUACCCCUUCUCCCUGAGCGACGACCCCCACGAGGCCACGUUCGCGCUCACCAACGCAGUCCCCAUGCGCCCGUCCUUCCGGGACCGCUGGCACAGGAACCUACGUGGCCUGCUGGCCCGGGCGCUGGAGCCGCAGUGCGGCGGCGGGGAGGACCUGUACCUGCUGGCGGGCGCCGUGCCCUCUGCCCACACGGUCAGGGACAGGGUGGCCAUCCCCGAGUUCGUGUGGCUGGCAGCCUGCUGCGCCACCCCCGGGGGCGGCUGGGCCAUGGGCUUUGUGCAGCACACGCGGGCCGGGGCGGUGAUCGAGGACGUGAUGCUGCAGGGCCUGCAGGCGCUGCUGCCCUCCCGCCCACAGCUGUUCCGGGACAACUGCGCCGAGCGCGAGCAGGACACGGAGAAGAUGAGGAGGAUCCUGGAGGUGGUGAACCAGGUGCAGGCCGAGGAGCGCGCGGCCCAGGCCCAGGCCAGCCCUGGCCCCCUGUCCAGCACGGGGGCCCCCACGCCUGCCCCGCAGCCCCCCGAGGCGUCCGAGGAGGGCAGCGGCUUCCUGGGGAGGCUCCUGGGCUUCCUGGCUGCCCCGGUCGUCGGGCUGCUGCGGCUACUGUACACCCUGGCGGCCGGGCUCCUGACGGGCACCCUGCGGCUGCUGUGGUGGCUCGGCCAGCAGGUCGUGCUGGGCCUGGAGAGCGGCCUCUGCCGCCUGGGCACGGCCGCCACCUCCUACCUCCUGGCCAUCGGCGAGGAGCUGCUGAGCAUCCCCUGGAAGCUGCUCAAGGUGCUGCUGAAGAUCCUCAGGGCCUUGCUGCGUGUCCUGUGCUGCCUGCUGAAGGCCACGUGCCGCGUGCUGGGGCUGCCGGCCCGCGUGCUGCUGGACGUGGCCGCCUUCCCCCUGCGCACCGUGGCCGCCGUGCCCCUGGUGUGCCGGGACGUGGCCGCGGGCCUGGGCGGCGCCCUCUCCCUGCUCCUGGACACGGCCUCCGGCACCGCGGGGGGCCUGCUGCAGGUGCUUCUAGGCGUCUGCAGGCGGAUCGGCUACCGGGCCGCGUGGGACAGCCCCGGGGAGUUCUAGGACUCCAGAGAACGGAGCGUGUCCAGCGACAGCGAAGUUAAUUUUUUAAGUCUUUAUUUUGAACGGAGCGAGCUGGGUCUUUGGUUCUUACGCUGUUUCUGUUCCCUGUGGGUUCUCAUUUCCUUCUGGCUGUGGGGUGGGGCUGCGGCGUUGCCUGUCGGGCUUGCCUGGGGAGAGGCGCGGGCUGGGCUGCGUGGCCGGCGUGCGGGGCGGGAGGACGGCUUUCAGGAAAGGGAUUAUGAGAACAGGAGCAGCGGCUCUUCUCUCCCCUGUCCCUCCCCAGAUUUACUGCAAAACCAGCAUAAGGGUCUUGGCCGAGCGGUCUCACCCCACUGGCUCUGCUAGUCGCUGGCCUUGCUGGAGGCAGAGCUGCUCCUCCGUGGAAGCCGCUGGGGACACGGGCCUGCCGGCUCCCAGCUUCCAGCGGCCGAGGGGGUGGGGGUUGGGCUUUCGCCCUGCAAGUCGCAUUUGGCUGAACGUCCCCUCAGGUGACCCAGGCACGUGCCGGCCCCUGGCCCGGUGCUCCCUUCCCCGGGACAGCCCGGCGGCCGGCGGGACUCACUUGACGUCUCUCCUCUGGCCGGCGAGGCUGAGCAGAGACCGAGCAUGUUCCGCUCCUGGAGAGCUCACGCGCUGCGCCACCCUGGAGCCACCGUCCUGUGCCACAAGGACGUGUCCAGGACUGGUCGUGUCCUGGCCUCUGCCCUUAAGUGAUUGUUUGACAGAAAUGCAUCAAGGGCCAUAUUUAAAAUAAAGGCUAUUCUGCCACCUUGGGGGGAGACAACCCGUUUCCAUGCAGGUCCGAGUUCAUGUACACGCACGCGAACGUGAUUCAGAGUCAUUCCCGCUGAGGAAGUUUUUACGGAACUUGCAUUAACGCAAGGCUGACGGGGGAGCUAAUCCUCGCUUUUGGGGUGCGCGCUGUCGUUUCAAAUCUUGCUCUGAAAAGGGUGAGACUCCUCAGCUACGCUUGGCCUCCACCACGAGCGGGUCGUCGGGUGCCUCUGUGGGCUGCAAGCGCUGCCGGGGGCAGAGCAGGACCUGGCCGCGGCAGGGGUGCGGCCGUCACCACGAGGGCGGGGCCCAGGACGGCUCUGGAGGCCCCGGUCACCGCCCUGCGGGGGG